UCUCGUGACUGAUCGUGUUUACGUAAACAUUUUUAGAAUUAAAUAUCAGGUGAACUAUUUAAUUGUGAAGUGAUCGAACAUUAUAUGUGAAUGCAUGUGAGAACAUUAAUAAUUGAAUACUAUUCUUACUCACUGAGAGGACUAUGUGGUGCAUCUCGCCGUUUUUGCAAAGUAAGCGUGUUUUAACGAUGUUGAGGUCAAGAAAUGGCAGUCGGGUAAACGAUGCGUUCCGGACACUACCGACUGUCACCGAACGAGCACGAAAGUUUAAGGUUUUACCUGCUUGGCGACGGCAGAAGCAUCACAAUGAUCGAACUCUGCUAUUCUUUCAGCAAAAGAAACAAGCGAUUUAAGAACACUGCUAACUUUCAGUAGCAAACCAGUCCGUUUAAGCGUACCAAACCAAUCACACGCUGUCUGAUAACCCACAAUGCACCGUCCAGAAAAAGAGGCAAAGGAUGCUGUUCCAAGUGAAGUAAAGGAUUUCAUAAGAUCCGCGGUCAAAGACCAGUUUAAGUCCUUGAGACCGGAGCACAUUAAACACUUCGAUGCCGUUAUUAUAUAUGACAAGCGCGAUUACGAGCAUGUAGUAAGGGUCAAAUACGAACUCACGGAAAUAAUGCGAUGGGACGGUGGAGAUAGUGACAUUCGCAUAGAGCUUUUUGACAAUGAGGCCUAUUUCAGUCAAUCGAGGAUUUCCAUCAUACAAGACGUCAUAAACAAAUGUUGCCUGUUGCUCUUUUAUCUGACUGAGAACGCUGAUAAUCCUUAUUUUCACUUCCUUUGUGAGGAGGCGAUCGCGUACUCGAAACUGUACACAGAGACUGGGGCAGCAGUACGCCCAAAAGGCGAAUGCGUCAUCAAGCCAAUCCAUACGCUGCCACAGAGUGCCCGGAAUUACAAGGUCCCUCCCGGACUGGCGUCGCUAACCAGUAUCGACUGGUUUGAUAGGGGAUCCAAGUUUACCCGGGACAAGAUUAUUUCGGUUUUGAUGAACGCUAAGGUCACGAGAGAACAGAACGAGGCAACGGAUAACACACGACGAGACUUUGCCUUUAUGCAUUACGCUUCCCGCGUGAUGCCAGGAACGAAUCAGAGCGUUCACCCGGAUAAAGGUUCUCCUAAAUACUAAAAACAGGUUUAAUUUAUUGAAAUAUUUAGCGUGUAUGUUUUUAAAUAGUAUAUGCUUCACAAUUGGUUAUUCGAUAACAUAUAAUAUUAUAUUAUUAAUACAUUAUGUAUUUGCCGUAAUAAUUUUGAAUACUAAUUAUAUCAACGUUGCCUCCGAGAUUUGGAAGCGAACUAAUCCAACUUCGAUAUAUAUAAUACACAUGUUGUUUGUAUUAUACAAUAUGUAUUAAUCGCUUUGUAAGAAUGUAUUGUGUGCAAAAAAAACAAAAUCGUCCUUUAUUGUGGUU